CUUCGGCAUUCAAGGCCCCCUUCCCGGCCGCCGGGGGCGGAGCCCGGAGCCCACCCCCUUCCUCGCCCCCGCGCGCUGCGGGCCCGGGGCGCGGAGAGCAGAGCCCUCGGAGCGCGCAGACCCAGCGCCAGUGGAAGCGCGGGGCUCAGAGGUCCCGGCAUACGAGAGUGGGUACUGAGUGAGGGGCGCAGGACGUGUCGUCCAGUGACAGCGAGCGACUCAGGCUGGGAUGGGGGCAGCCUUCUCUCCCCGCUCCUACCCCACGACCACCUGGGCUUGGCUGUCUUCUCCAUGCUGUGCUGUGUCUGGCCUGUGGGCAUCGCUGCCUCCUCUCUGGCUCAGAAGGGUCGCUGUGAGGAUCGAAUGAGGACAGUGGCAUGUAGUGUGCACACGAACGAGGCGUGGGCCAAGGGGGACGUCCGGGGAGCAGGGGCCGCCUCCCGCCGCGCCUUCCUGCUGGGGUCGUGGCUGUUGGGCUGGUGCACUUAUGUGGCUGCCCUGGUGACCCUGGCCGCCUGCCUCGCCUCUCAAGACCCGCCCUAGCUGCCCCCACCCCUCACUGUGAACCCAGAGGCUGCGGCGCAUCCAGGGGCAGAGGAGAGAAUCCGGCAGGUGCAGGAGGCAGCAGGGGUGGCAUGGCCUCCAGAAUCGGGAGUGACACGGCAACCCCUUCCUCCACCCCGGCUGCUGCAACGUGAGAUUAAACACCACACACUGCUGCA